CUUCACACUUCACUCCCCACCACCCACUCACCAACUCCUUCCCUUCCUUUUUCCCUUUCAACUUUCAACUGACUCCAACUGAAUUCAACUCUCUCUCUUUCUCUCAACUGGCCAUGGCUGCUGCUGCUUCUUCCUUCUCCACCAUCUCCUUCCGCUCUUUCUCUCUCAACAACCGCCCUUCCCUCUCUCUCCCACUCCCAACAACCUUCACUCUCACCUCUUCCCACCGCCAUUCCCCUUCCACUCUCUUCACUUCCUUCCUCCCACACACUCCUCUCAUCCGCUCUCCCCCAACCCCCAUUCUCGCAUCCGGAGGAGGAGGAGGAGGCCAUGGCGGAGGACACACCGGUGGCGGCGGAGGAGGAGGAGACCACGAUGGCGAAGCCGACGACAGGGGCCGCAACAGGGAGGAGGCACUGCUGGUGCUAGCGGAGGCCGGGAGGCCGCUCGAGAAAUUGCCGGCGGAUUUGGCGGCUGCGAUUCAGGCAGGUCGGGUUCCCGGCUCAAUCGUGAAGAGGUUCCUUGAGCUCGAGAAAUCGGCGGUGUUCCGGUGGUUGUUGAACUUCGGAGGGUUUAAAGAGAGGUUGCUGGCCGAUGAUUUGUUCCUUGCAAAGGUCGCCAUGGAAUGCGGUGUUGGCAUCUUCACUAAGACUGCUGCGGAGUUGGAGAAGCGUAAAGAGAAUUUCACGAAGGAGCUUGAUUUCGUUUGUGCUGAUGUGGUAAUGGCAAUCGUAGCAGAUUUUAUGCUUGUGUGGCUUCCGGCUCCAACUGUUUCUCUCCGACCUGCACUUGCCGUUAGUGCUGGGCCUAUUGCUAAAUUCUUCUAUGGCUGCCCUGAAAAUGCUUUCCAGGUGGCAUUAGCUGGAACAUCUUAUACACUUAUACAGAGAAUAGGUGCUAUUGUGCGCAAUGGAGCAAAGCUGUUUGCAGUGGGGACUGGUGCAUCUCUGAUUGGUACAGGUGUGACAAAUGCAUUGAUCAAUGCGCGAAAAGUUGUUGAUAAAUCUUUUGCUGCUGAGGCUGAGGAUGUACCAAUUUUAUCAACUAGUGUUGCUUACGGUGUUUACAUGGCUGUAUCUAGCAACUUAAGGUACCAAAUACUGGCUGGGAUUAUUGAACAGCGGAUUCUCGAACCUCUUCUGCACCAACAAAAGCUAUUGCUAAGUAUUUUUUGCUUUGCCGUUAGGACUGGCAAUACUUUCUUGGGCUCACUAUUGUGGGUGGAUUAUGCCCGAUGGGUCGGAGUCCAGAAAAUACGGGAAUAAGCACAAUUGAUUUCAAUUUGAGGACUUGUCACCAUGGGAUCAAUUCAUUAUUGGAGUUAUAUUUUGUUGAUUAUUUAAAUUUGCUCCCUGUAUGUUGUAUUUUUUGUUCUAAUUUUGUUUGUAUUCCUGCUGACAGCAUAGUUGUACAUUGAGCAAUAACAGAGGUCAGCAAACACUGAGUCUUGAGUUUGCUGCCACCAUUGAGGGUGGCCAACUGGUCAUGGCCAAUGCUGGUAAAAAAAAUCCUUCUAUCAUAGCUUGCAGAAAGCUGCAGCAUGAGAUGAAGUUAUGAGUCACAUUUUUGUUAGACGAGCAUGGCACUGCCUCUUGGCUCUUGAUAAUGAUGCUUCUGUUGUGUUGUAGUGUUUUUUGAAAUUAUAUUGGAUAACAACAAAUUCAUAAUUACAUUUGCUUCA